AUGAGGCGCAGCAAGGGGGUGAUACUCAGGCGGGAGAGGAAGCUGUGGACGCCCAGCGAGGCCGACAGGGCGGCGGUUUGUGGAGAACCCAAACAAACGCCAGGAGCAAGCACGACAGAGCAGCACACGGAACAAGGGAUCCAAGACAAAGUGGCCACAUUGAAACAUGAGUACAAGUGCAGACAGGGGGGAACCCAUAAAGAACAAUUGAGCAAUGCACACGACCAGUACGGGGAGGACGAUGAACUGGCUGCCUUAAUGCGGCAAUAUGAAUGCCAGGCAAAAGCUGACCUGGAGGCUGCCCAGGCACAAGUGGCUGCUCCCAAGAGCAUGUCAGGACUGAGGGAGAAGGGCCUGACAGAGAGAAUUGCACCAAGCAACAAGGGCUAUCAGCUACUGGCUCAGAUGGGAUACCAGCAUGGACAAGGGCUUGGAACUGAAGGCAAGGGUGCUGUGGAUCCCAUUGACGUGAUUGUUAGGCAGGGCAGGCAAGGCCUGGGAGCAGAAGAUCCUAGAAAGAGGAAGCAAAGAAUGCGUGAAAAACACCGAGUUGGAGAAGAAUCAAAGCGUUUGAAAUUGGCACAGGGCUAUCGUGAUUUUGCAUCCCGUUCUUUUCAGGAUCAGAAAGCUGAAGGUCAGCUGAGGUCUGCCCAGAACGCUGUGGAGCAACUGGACAGAGAGAAUUGUGUAGAACCACACACUUUCUGGCCAGCAAUAGGGAAGGAUCCAGCUGACGAGGAGGAAGGGUUUUCCAAAGAGUUGCAAAUGGACAGUGAUGUGGCACAAACAGAAUGGAACUCACUGCCAGCAGGCGAACGUUUACAAGAUGUGGUGCAAUAUCUGCGGGAAACUUACUGCUACUGCUUCUGGUGUGGCUGCAAGUAUGAAAGCUCUGAGGAAAUGCAGGCUGCCUGCCCGGGGCUCAGCGAGGCGGACCACUGA